UUUGCACAACAAUGUCGUUUCGCUGAAAGAGCACACGUGCUGCUAAAUUUAUUGUGAUUUUUUUAUGAUCAUAUUCAAAGAAAUAACCUUUAACGAUGUAUAUCCAUAAUUUCCUGAUUCUGCUAUCGUCACUGAUGUGCUGCAGUGUACUUCUGCAUCCCAGUGCUGCAACCGCAAUACGCACAAUACGAAAUGCAGUGGGUGAAUGGGAUGCGGAUGGGGAAGCCAACAGCGACAUGGAUAUGGGACACCUGCCUACGCAUGCCACGGAAGCACCGGACACCGACAGCACCACCCAGCACCGGCCGGUAGCCGAUAUGGAGAAGACGGUGAUGAAGCUGUCCAUGGUACUAACCAUGGAUAACGUGGUCAGGCAGGCCUGCAACCGGUACCCGGCAUCCUCGCAGCGGGAAAUUGCCCUUUCUUUAAAGAAGCAGCUGAAGAAGGAGUAUGCAAAUUAUUACUGGCAUGUUUAUGUCGGGGAAGAAAUACCACAGUCUUUAACGUAUACAUACCAAGGUCGAUACAGAGGAACCUGCAACGAGAACCAGUAUGCGGUAUGGUUCAAUUCUCGACCCUGAUUUGUCGACUGACUUUAAUUACUUAAAAGAAUUCUGAGAUACAGUCCUGCUUAUAAUCAUGUGAAGCACAAUCAUGUUCAACCAACAAGUACUUCUUCCGGCGUUCCUGGAUUGUUUGCUGUCUGUAGAAAUCUCAUUGAAAUUUAAUUUUAUGGUUUGAAUCUUGGAGGAACGAAAAAACUACUGCAUUUAAAUGCAAAUUCAACAUUCAUUCAACCGCUUAGUAUGGUUCUGAUUUUUAUUUUGUACUUUCAAAUGGAUUCAUUUGUUUUCCGGCGCAUACAGAUUAAACAGUCUGCGAAGUAAUUCCUGAAAGGUUUACCGGUAAUAAAUUUUGUAAGUCAAUUGGCACGCUUAG